AAAUUGCUCCAACUCUUCACGGCUAUUAUUAAAGUAAUCUGGUGUGUGAUGCUGAUGGAGCAAUUUGUCGGCAGCUAAUUAGGACUUUGGGCAACAGGGGAAGGGGGAAAAAAAACCACCGCUGUGUCCUGAAACCACAGACCAGUGAGGCUGAGAGUAUAUAAACCCAUGGUUUGGAGAGCUUUUCCAUCAGUUCCACCAGAGCUUCAGACAUCUCUCAGCUUUCUAUUGCUUGGAAAGGCAGACUCACCUCCAUCACUCAGCCAUGGCAAACUGUGGACCAUCCUGUGCUGUCCCAUCUUGCGCUUCCACCCCAGUCGUCGGUUUUGGAUCAGCAGGUCUUGGAGGCCUUGGAGGCCUUGGUGGCCUUGGCCUUGGUGACACCUACGGCUAUGGCUCCGGCGCCCUGGUGGGAUCCGGCAUCCCUUCUGCUAGUCUUGGUAUUCUUUCUGGUGUCGCCCCUUCAUGCAUCAACCAGAUCCCACCAGCAGAGGUCAUGAUCCAGCCACCAGCCUGCAUCGUGACCAUCCCAGGACCCAUCCUCUCUGCUAGCUGUGAGCCAGUGGCCGUAGGAGGAAACGCUCCAUGCUCCCCUGGUGGUUUGGGCAGUGGGUUCCUAGGAGCUGGUUCUCUUGGAGCUGGUGCUCUUGGAGCUGGUGCUCUUGGAGCUGGUGGUCUUAGAGGAUCUCGUUUUGGACUUGGGAGUCGCUAUGGAUUCGUUGGAGACAGAGGAAGCAUCUGUUACAACCCCUGCUAAGUUCACAUGGACUAUCAACUAACGAGAAGAAGACAGACCCAGAUAAACAGCUGAAUAGCUACACCUGAGUUUAGCUAGGAUGA